AUGGCCACACCUCCGCCCGUCCACGAGCCGGUCGCGGCCGCAGGCAUCGAGCGCCCUGCGGAUGACCAGCAGCGCGCGACAGCCCGACAGAGGGGCCGCCGCCUCAUGGCGAGCGUUCGCCUGGACGAGCUGCUCGCCGAGUACGACAACCCGAGCGAGCCCGUGCCGGUCGGAGACGGCGCGCCUGGCCAGGCGUAUCGAGAGGGUCGGGCCGAGGGCCUCGUCCUCGGGUUCGCCGACCAAUGGCUCGCCGAGGGCCAGGCCGAGGGCUUCGAGACGGCUGAGGAGCUACUCGCCUCGAACGUGGUGCUCGACCGCGCGUUUUGGCUGAUGUUCGCCAUCGCGCUCUGCCAGCCCUUUCCACACCGCAAGGCCGACGAUAUUCUCGAUCGGUCCAACGAGGUCGAGCUUCGCACCCGCUCCCAAGUCACCGUCGUGGCCGAUUUCCACAACGCCCUGGCCGCACACAACCGCCUCCGCCCGCACGUCGCCCCCGUCGACGCCGAGCUCAGGAAGGCCGGCAUCGCCACCAUCAAAUCGCCGCACGUGGUCGAAAGGUACGGCCUCCUGGCCACCCAGCGGUACACAAAGGAUUGGGCGACCUAUGACAACCUCGUCGUCCUCGUCAAGGCGGCGCUCGGCCCCGAGGCUGCCGGCCUCUUCCGCAACGCUCGGGAGCGCGUCUGCUUCGCGCUGCUCGUCAGUCUGGUCUUCUUCGCCGGCGCGCGCCCGGGCGACGUCGUUCGGAGCGGCUCGUACGCCGACAAGCCCAUGUACCAGCUCUGCUGGCGGGACGUGCACUUCUUCGUUCAGCUCGUCGACGACAGGAUGACCCUCUGCGUGCUCCUGACCAUUCGCGCCAUGAAGGGCCAGAAGGAAGACCAGAACAAAUUCCGCCGCGUCGUCAUGCGCACCAUCCCGGAGAUGCCGGGCAUGGUCUGCCCGGUGUGGCUCCUCGCCUGCCUCGCGAUCGACGACUGCGCCAUCGAAGGGGUCACGAGCCCGCGCCAGCUCGACGUCGAGCGCCUCUCCCCGGACGUCCUCAACCAGGGAACCGGCCGCUUCGAGCUGCCGACCAAGCAGCAUCUCGCCGACGUCGCCGUCUUUCGCAAGUUCGCUCCGAAGGGCUUGAUCGACCUCAGGACCAACCCAAACGCCAGUCGCGAGUGCGAGUGGGUCGUCACAGAUGAAGGCAGCACCUACAGCGACAUGGCCAUCGUGUUCGACCGCGCCCGUCGAUUCAGCUUUCCCCUUGUCACCUACUACUCCUUCCGCCGCAUGGGCAUCACCCUCGCCCACCGCCCGGAUAUCCUCCCGCAAGACGCUCGUGCCGCCGCCGGUCACAGGCCCGACAGCCGCGUCCAGGACGACCACUACCUUCCCCCCGAGACCCUCUUCGAUCUCAUGGGCAUCGCCGUCCUCGGGGCUCAGAACAAGAACGCCAUUUCGUUCUACGGGGCCACCUUUGUCGGCAAGGCGCCCGAGCUCACCCGAGCCGAGCUGCAGCAGAUCCAGCAGGAUCCUCGCGUCGUGCGUGCGCGCAACGACUACGAGGCAUUCAAGGCGCAGGGCCCGACCCGUUCGGAGAGGAAGCAAGUCUACGGCCGCCUGAGCGCACUGCUCGUCAAGGUGCGAAAGGAGAUCCUCAACAAGCGCGAGCAGGACCGGGUUGCCAGCUUCCGCAACCAGGCUCUUGCGGGCCUCCUGCUUGACUCGGACGUCCCGGUUCGACCGCCCACGAGCGACGCCGCAGCAUCGAGGACCGUCGCGGCCGUCCCGAUCGAGAGCCUCGACAACGAAAGCUCCUUCGAGGAUACCAUCGUCGCUUGCCUGUCCGCCUCGGACUCCCUCGCCGAGCAGGCCGACGUCCGACCGCAGAGCGACUUCGCCUACAUCCUCGACGACGACGACGACGUCGAAGGGGAGAUUGUCUCGACGCACGACAUCCAGCAGCACCUCGAGGCUCGCAAACAAGGCGCCGUCAAGCCCGUCUUCACCGUCUCCGACAAGCAGACCUGCACCGAACGCAUGCUCGAGAUCCGCCUCGGUCCGCAGGAACACCCGCGCAAGGUCCGAGCCCUGUACGCCGUGCUCGUCCGCCUAGCGAGGGGCUUCAAUGCGCGAGAGGGCGUGCCCGAGAUCGACUUUUCCCCACGCUUCGCCACCAAGGCGAGCAGGCCGACGUUUUCGGGAUUCUUCGAGCUCGCUAUGCACGACGACAGCACAAGGACCAACGCCGCAAAGUCGCUGCCUCAGGAAUGCGAGUGCGGCGAGCAUCGUCACGAGCAGUGGACCCGUGCCUACUGGGUCCACCACCUCGACCAGUGCCGCACCAAGAACCUCAAGGUCAUCCUCGAUGCCGAGCUCGAGGAGCACUCCGAAAAGCACAGCUGCGGCGUCACCCGAGGACACAAGGACCUGACCACCUGCGGCUGCAAGCUCCAAGACGGCACCAUCUGCAAGUUCUCGGCCGGCGACAAGACCGACUACCGCAGCCUCGACAGCGUGCUGCUCACGAUCCACCGCCAGUGCUCCCACGGCUGGAUCGAUAAGUCGCCCAACUCGCUCGUCCUCACGUCGGCGGGCAACUACCUCGUCGGUCCGGUCGCCGUCGAGCAGUACUUCGCCGCCAAGCUCCCGACCGAGGGCAUCCCGCUCAAGGACCAGGUCCAGGACGGCGGCUGGGACACCCGCGUCUGCCUGUGGUGCCUCCUCGACAAGUACCUGGCACCGAGCGAGCGCUUGCGAGACCACGGUGGUGGCUACGUCCAGCACGUGUUCAAGCUCCACCUCCUCCGCCCCAAGGGCGACGAGGCUUACGGCGAGGAAAACGAGAGCAUGGUCUGCCCGUGCUGCCUCAAGAUCCUUCCGGUCUGGGACGUCAUCGACCACAUCCAGGCCAUCGGCCACGGCAUCCGCAAGCGGACCCCCGACAACGUCCAGAACCAGGGCUCGCUCGAGGUCAGCGACUUUCCGUCGCCCGUGGACACCCCUUCGUUCUUGGGUCGACUUGUGGCUUUCCUCACCUGGGCCAAGGCCACCAGGGACGCCCACGCGCGUGCCGGCACCACCCCUGACACCGAUGGCAAGGCGUUCGUCCUCCACUCGUUUGUCCUCGACGCCAAGGGCGCGCACCACCAACGCCGGAUCGGCCUGCGCACCGACGGAGAGUCGAGCGAGUCGGACGAGCCAGCUUCCACCUCCAGCUCCGGUGCGGACGACUCCAGCUCGGGCUCGAGCGACUCGGGCUCUAGAUCCGACUCUGCCUCGGACUCGGACGACUCGGACUCGGACUCGGACGCGAGCUCGACGAAGCCCAAGAGCAGGAAAAAGUCGAGGAGCAAGCGCCAGCGCAGUGGCAAAAGCGAGCGCAAGAGCGAGCGCAAGACGAGCAGUCACGGCUCGCGAGGAUCGUCGGAGAAGGUCAAGCGCGAAGAGGGCGAGGCGCGCUCGUCCAAGAAGCGCAAGCGACGACACAGCAGCAAGAAGUCGGCCACGGCGGACUCCCCGAAGAGGGUGAAGCGAGAGGACGAGGGCGCAAGGCCGUCGACGUCGUCGUCGUCGCACAAGGUCAAGCAGGAGGACGACGGCCAAGGUCUCGCGGCGACGGCUUCGAGCAGGGCUGCGUCAGAGAGCAGCAAGAGGAAGUGA